CACACUGACACCUUACAAACAUUCAACACCAUCCACACUGACACCUUACAACUAUCCAACACCAUCCACACAUCCAACACCAUCCACACAUCCAACACCAUCCACACAUCCAACACCAUCCACACAUCCAACACCAUCCACACAUCCAACACCAUCCACACUGUCACCUUACAACUAUCCAACAUCAUCCACACUGACACCUUACAACUAUCCAACAUCAUCCACACACAACUAUCCAACAUCAUCCACACUGUCACCUUACAACUAUCCAACACCAUCCACACUGUCACCUUACAAUCAUCCAACACCAUCCGCACUGUCACCUUACAAACAUUCGACACCAUCCACACUGUCACCUUACAACUAUCCAACAUCAUCCACACUGUCGCCUUACAAACAUUCAAAACCAUCCACACUGUCGCCUUACAAACAUUCAACACAAUCCACACUGUCACCUUACAAACAUUCAACACCAUCCACACUGUGACCUUAACACUAUCCAACAUCAUCCAAACUCUCACCUUACAACUGUCCAACACCAUCCACACUGUCGCCUUACAACCAUCCAACACCAUCCACACUGACACCUUACAACUAUCCAACACCAUUCACACUGUCGCCUUGCAAACAUUCAACACCAUCCACACUGUCGCCUUACAACUAUCCAACACCAUCCACACUGUCACCUUAACACUAUCCAACAUCAUCCAAACUCUCACCUUACAACUAUCCAACACCAUCCACACUGUCACCUUACAACUAUCCAACACUAUCCACGCUGUCACCUUACAACUAUCCAACACCAUCCACACUGUCACCUUACAACUAUCCAACACUAUCCACGCUGUCACCUUACAACCAUUCAACACCAUCCACACUGUCACCUUACAACUAUCCAACACUAUGAAUUACAUAAGCAUAGACUAUUUACGUUAUAUUGAUUUACCCGGGAUAAUAAAAUGUCUAAGGGAUACCAACGCGAUUAUGUUCUGA